GAGCGGGCACGACAUGGCGCGGUUGCUGUUGCUGCGGGCCCCUUGCUCCGGGUUCCGGGCGCUGCUCGCCGCUUUGCUGCUGGUAGCCGCCUUGCAGCUGCUUUACCUCGGCCUCCUGUCAGGGCUGCACGGCCGCCAGCAGCGGCUCCGCUACUCCCGGCUCUUCCAGGCCGGAGCCCGGCCCGGGGCUGCUCCCGGUGCUGGGGCCCAGGGAGGAGAGUCCGAUUCCCGCAGCCCCCCGACCCUGGGCGCGGGGAGGCUGGAUCCCAGCGGGCGCUACCGCCUGUACCGGGACGUGAGCCGGAGCCCGGUGGGCCGUAAACCCGGGGGCUUGGAGCUGAGCCUGGCUACCCACAGCUCAUUGCACAACCUGUACCAUCUGCCGGCCUUGGCACGCCGCUGGCAGGGACCACUGGCAGUAGCUGUGUUCGCUGGCCCCGGGGAACUGAGAGCCAGCCUCCAGCUCAUUCACAACCUGGAGGGGCACUGCCCAUGCCUGCGAGGUCGGGUCACCUUCACCUUGGUGACUCCCAGCGGGGAGAGGGGUCUCCCGGAGGAAGGGGAUGCCCUGGACCCCGGGGCAGAAGAGCCCCUGGUGCUCGGGGCUGGAGAACCCCCGGACCCCCACCCAGCCUGCCAUCGGGCCCUCACUCGCCUGCGUCGCUUUGGCCUGGGCCGCACCAACUAUGCGCUCACCGCCGGGCCCUACCCGAACAAUCUGCUCCGCAACGCAGCCCGGGACGCUCUACCCUCCCGCUACGUCCUGCUCAUCGACGUGGACAUGCUGCCCAGCGGCGGGCUGCACCCCCUCUUCCUGGAGCUGCUAGCCACCCUGCCCCAGCCGCCACCCGGCCCUGGCCCCGGGCAGGGUGCCAGCGCCCCCACCCCCACCGACCGCACCGUCUUUGUCGUGCCCGCCCUGGAGAUGCGUCACACCCGCCGCCUGCCUGAGGACAAGGCCGAGCUCCAGCAGCUGUACCAGGUGGCCGAGGUGCGGCCUUUCUAUGCCGAGCUGUGCCCCCGCUGCCAGUCUCCCACCAACUACAGCUGCUGGAUCAACCUGCCCAGUGCCAGCGGGCCUGGCCUGCGGGUGGCAUACACCCGCCAGUGGACUGACCCCUGGGAGCCCUUCUACAUCUCCCGCACCACCGUGCCCCCCUACGAUGAGAGGUUCGAGCAGUAUGGCUUCAACCGCAUCAGUCAGGCCUGUGAGCUCCACGUCGCUGGCUACAGUUUUGCAGUGUUGGACAAUGCCUUCCUCAUCCACAAAGGCUUCAAGCUGGCCAGCGAGUUCCACCCGCAGAAAGACGAGGAGAACAGACGCAACAGGAUCCUCUUUCGCCAGUUCAAACAGGAGCUGAAGUUAAAAUACCCUGACUCACCCUACCGGUGCUGAAAUCAAUCCCUCUAGUCUUCGUCACUGGUCAGAGGAUGCCUUCACUCACUGGAGAAGCAAGGGACAGACUCCCCUCUCGUUCCAUGAGAGGUAAUUCUCACUGAUGCUAUCCUGCCUCUGUUGCAGGGAGCUGAAAGACAAUUUUAGCCUGUCCACAUGUUGGUUGUGAGAAGCAAAUUCUGGGAUAUUUUAAAAUAAAUACCGAAAGAACUGCAGAUGCUGGAAAUCAGAAACAGAAAUUGCCAGAAAAGCUCAGGAGGUUUGGCAGAACAUGGAGAGGUCAGUUAACAUUUUGGGCCAUAGGCACAGCUGUGCAGCAAAGAAACAGACCCUUCAGUCCAAUUGUCCAUGCCAAACAGAUAUCCUAAAUUAUUCU